CCGGACAGGGCUGAGUCCUUUCAGGAACAUCCGACCCGAGUUGACACGCAUCACAUCAACUACAGAGCAGCACAACACUCCAGGACGCACACGGCUCCCGUUUGUCACUUUACAACACGACAGAGUGCUCUGGAACAACAUGGGCAACGUGCAGCCCACCAUCGUCCCAUAUGAGGACUUCGAUGUCACCGCUGAUAUCAAGGCUAUCAGGAAAGCAUGCAAAGGUUUCGGCACAGAUGAAGAGCCCAUUAUUCAGAUCUUGGCCAAUCGCUCUGCAGCUCAGCGCGUGGAGAUCAAAGAGGCCUACUUUGAGAAGUAUGAUGACGAGUUGGAGGAGGUCCUGAAGAAGGAGCUGACAGGUAGUUUUGAGAAUGCCACCAUGGCCAUGUUGGAGUCUCCUCAUAUCUUCUUCGCCAAGGAGCUGAGGAAGGCCAUGAAGGGGGCGGGGACGGACGAAGAUGUACUGGUAGAGAUCCUGUGCACAGCCACCAAUCAGGACAUCUUGUGCUUCAAGGACACUUAUGCAAAGGUGCAUGAGCGUGAACUGGAGGCAGACAUUGAGGAUGACACCAGUGGAGACGUGAGGAACCUGCUGAUGUCACUGCUGCAGGCAAGCAGAGAAGAGGGCUAUGAAGUGGAUGAGGGUUUAGCCGAACAGGAUGCCACAUCUUUGUUUGAGGCAGGAGAAGGCAGAUUUGGCACAGAUGAGUCCACUUUCACCUUCAUCCUGACAAACAGAAACUACAUGCAGCUUCAGGCCACCUUUAAGAUCUAUGAGUCGCUUUCAGGAACAGACAUUUUGGACACCAUUGACUCUGAAGCAACAGGAACUCUGAAGGAGUGCUACACAACUCUGGUCAGGUGUGCUAAGAACCCGCAGCUGUAUUUUGCCCGACGCAUUAAUGCCGCCAUGAAGGGACUGGGCACCGAUGAAGACGCACUCAUUCGGAUGAUUGUAGGCCGCUCUGAGAUCGACCUGGAGACAGUGAAGGACAUGUACUUGGAGAAAUACGAUGUCACCCUGAAAGACGCUCUGGAUUCAGAGUGUGGUGGAGACUUCAAACGCCUCCUCAUCGAGAUCCUGCACUAAAACUUCCCCCCUCCUUCCUACAGGCCUUAUUUAACCAUCGUGACACAGUCUUUCCUCUCUCACCCUUCCUCCUCUUCUUUAUACUCCUUUUUUCUAUUCUUACUCAUUCCCUUCGUGGACGUCUUUGUGACAGUCAGUUCUCAUUGCAGCAUGGACCAAAAACCAACUCAUUAUCUUAUACUGUGUUUUCUAAAUGGUAAACUUACAUUCAUAGUCUUUGGAUACACUUCUCUAACUAUUUUAUUCCAACAUACAAUGAAUUUAAUCCUUUACCAAUAUUACAGCAGCAUUGUUGAAUGUAUGUGGAACUUGUGCAGCUGAGCAUCGUGUUAAUGUAUUUAUCCAAAUGAAUAGCGUUAGUCCAGUUCUUUAUUCACAAUCAACAGCUUCACAGUCUUUGUCAUGUUUCAGCUGUAGUCCACCAUUUCAAGCGUAUCCCACGGCUGUAAACAUUAAGCUGCUGCUCAACAUAAAUUAUAUGGCCGCUUAUAUUUGACACCUUACUCAUUUGUCUCAUCAUCAUCCAUUAACCAUUUGCCUCAAAGAUGCCUCUCAUAAGAUGAUAGCGAUGCAAUUUACUUUUUGCUGCAACACUCGACACUUAAGUGCCGAAUUAUCACGUUUGAUCUCUGAUAUCUGUGUACACUAGAGAAAUAAUUAUACAUGAAUAUAUUACCCUGAUAUCAAAAGCUUACACUCUUUUUAAGUAUGCAGUAUUUGGGUUUUUGUAACCACGUCCCUAAAUGUCAUGUGGGAUUUUUAACUGUUUGUAGUGUUAUUUUUAGUCACAGCUAACAUGCUGCUUCUCACGUUUACACACUUUAUGAGACGGUUUACUCCAUUUAGAUUUACUACAGUUAUAGUCCUACAUAACAAUUGUGUAAAACUUGGACAUGAUUGUGCAUUUAGCGUCCUUAGACGAUGAUAACAUUAAAAAAGAUGUUUUGCCCUGUAGGACAACCACUGAUAAGCACUGUCUGCACCCAUGUAUGGAAUUAUAGCAUAAUUUAUAUUUAAACCCCAGAUAACAGAAAUGUAUAAGACUGAUAUCUACAGUCGUAUUGUCAUAUAGCAAAUGAAAACAGUAAAUUCUGAAAGAAGUUAUUGUUAAUCUGUUGUAAUGGCAUUAAAAUAAUGUGGCAUACA